AUGACUGAUCAAUAUCCAUCAACAUUUAUACAAGAAUAUCCAACAAAAAUUGCCUUUCUAAUCGAUUGUGCCAAUGGAUUAAAUAGUGUUGCUUUAACUUCACGAUUUAUGAACGAUUUUCCAUUGAAUAGUGAUGUAUUUUUAUUUUAUCCAAAUAAUGAACCUGGCAUGAAUCAUCGUUUACAACGUAUAGAAGCAAAUAAUCAUGGUGUUUUCUUUUUCCCCACAUCGGAAAAUGGCAUCGCAGUUAAUAUAUCAUUUUUACUUGGUCAAAUAAACAAAGUCUAUAAUGAUUUUAUUCUUAUUGUCGAUCAUCAUCCAGCCUAUGAAGAUAUAUGUCAAGCGUUAGUUCAAAGUAAUGAUGAGUUAAGAAAUCAUAUUCAAGUACGAUCAUUUGAACGUGUCAAUGAGUUCGAACAAUUUUUAAAAGAAAUGGCACGAUUACAAAAUGAAAAUGAACAUAAAAAACUUAAAGGAAAUCACAAAGUUGUUGUUAAUUAUUCGAAAAAACAUCUGUUUCAUUGUUGUCCAUUUGAAACAAAAUCAGAUUCAUCGAUUUUAUAUCGUUUUGGAGAAUUUCUUCAUCAUCUGGAUACUGAACAUACCAAUGUUUAUUAUGAAUAUUGUACAGAAUGUCAACAAUUAGUAGACAAUCAAAAUCUAGACGACCUAGUUGCAUUCGAAGAACAUAUCAAAGAUCAACAUUGGGAAAAUAGCGGUUUUCAUGUAACUAUUCGAACAAAAACAUAA